AUAGUGGCCUUUGUGGUUAUUUGAAGGAACAGAAACAAAACGGAAAAGGCCAACUGCUAAAACCACCCACCUUCUCAGUGACUCACGAACUCACGACUCCAGAUCUCCCACCGCUCGCCAUGGACCUCCUCGACGCGAGGCACCGCCACACGCCGGAUUCGAGCUCCUCCCCACAUGCCGCCUCCGACAUGGGUCUCCCGCUCGCCGGGGCUGCCUACCAGCCCUACGUCUCUGAGCUCCUCUCCUUCUCCAUCGAGCGCCUCCACAAGGAGCCGGAGCUUCUGAGGGUCGACGCGGAGCGAGUGCGACGGCAGAUGCAGGAGGUGGCGGUGGAGAACUACGGCGCCUUCAUCGCCGCCUCCGAGGCGCUCUCCUUCGUCCGCGCGCAGCUCGAGAGCUUCGAUGGCCACCUCGAGGCCAUGAUAGAGGAGAUACCAAACUUAACAUCUGGCUGCACUGAGUUUGUUGAGUCUGCACAACAAAUUCUGGAGGAGAGGAAGCUUAACCAAACAUUACUAGCCAACCACACUACAUUGCUUGACUUGCUUGAAAUCCCACCAUUGAUGGACACGUGUAUACGGAAUGGGAACUAUGAUGAAGCACUUGAUCUAGAAGCUUUUGUGAGCAAAAUAUCGAAGUUGCACCCAGAUUUACCUGUUGUCCAAGGAUUAGCUGCUGAAGUAAAGAAGACAGUACAAUCAUUAAUUUCCCAGCUUCUCCAGAAACUCCGAUCAAAUAUUCAGUUACCUGAGUGCCUCCGUAUUGUAGCACAUCUGCGUCGAAUUGGAGUUUUCAGUGAGUCAGAAUUGCGCUUACAGUUCCUGAGGUGCAGGGAAGCUUGGCUUUCUGGAAUUCUUGAAGAUCUGGACCAAAGGAAUGUUUAUGAUUACCUCAAAGGCAUGGUGACUUGCCACAGGGUACAUCUAUUCGAUGUUGUUAAUCAAUAUCGAGCAAUAUUCAACAAUGAUAAAUCUGGAAAUGAUGAGAACUCCGAAGGUGGGCUGCUUUUCAGCUGGGCAAUGCAACAAGUUAGUAAUCACCUCGCUACUCUUCAAGUUAUGUUACCAAGCAUAACAGAAGGUGGGUCUCUGUCCAACAUUCUUGAACAAUGCAUGUAUUGUGCAAUGGGCCUUGGCUUAGUUGGAUUGGAUUUCCGUGGCCUCCUUCCGCCAAUCUUUGAGGACGCGGUUCUAAAUUUAUUCUCAAAGAAUAUGAGUAUGGCGGUUGAAAAUUUUCAGGUUGUUUUGGAUUCGCACCGCUGGGUUCCGAUGCCAUCUGUUGGCUUUGUAGCAAAUGGUGUUGUCGAUGACACUUCUGAUGAUGUGACUCCACCUUCUGUUUUAAUGGAGCAUCCACCUCUUGCAGUGUUUGUUAACGGUGUUUCAGCAGCAAUGAAUGAGCUAAGACCGUGCACACCAUUGAGCUUGAAAGUCAUCCUUGCUCAGGAGGUGGUCAAGGGACUACAUGCAGUCUCUGACUCCCUAGUAAGAUACAAAGCUAUGCGGAUGCUUCGUGGAAAUGAGUCCGCUCUUUUCCUGUCACUCUGCCAGGCAUUUAUCGAGGUUGUACAUCCUUAUUGUGCCGCAUGUUUUGGUCGAUGCUACCCGAAUGGGGCAACAUUGAUCUCAGAGUGUCAAGGCACACUGGACGCUGUCCGUCAGCUAUUGACCAUACCUGCAAGAUCUAACAGUUCCAGUAUCGAAAGAAAGCAGUCAGGAGCCAUUGAAAGAAAGCAAUCUGUUGAGAGCCCUGGGACAGCAGUCACGAAUAACGAGCUGUCAGCCGAUGGACCUGGGCUAGAGAUCAACGAUGCUGCUACAACCACCACCCCACCGGUAGAGGACGACGUGAGUACCCAUCCACCAGCAAGUAAGUAGCUUGGACCUCCGUUUGAAUUUGUUAAAGCUCUUUAUCAAGGCCUGGUUUAGUCAACCAGAGAAGAAAUUGCUGCAAACAUUAUAUUCAUCGAUAAUAAUUCAUAGUUUUGCUCCAGUUCUACAGUGUACACAAUACCUCACUGGAUAUUUGUAUCUUAUUUUUUUUAUCACUCAUUAAAUUUUUAGCUGUUCAUUGUUAUAGUCAAUACCUAGAUGUUGUAGAGUGUGUCCAACCUGAACAUUCAGUAAUAUGAUGAGUACAAACGGUGUUCAUCGUGUUGACUGCACACUUCUGAAAUAAAAGAUCUGAUUCAUGAGUCA